AUGAGGAUUUUAAUCACCAAUAGCCAAGAUAAGAAAAGUAAAUAAUACCCAAGGCUAAUUGCUAAAGACAGUUCAGAAAAUCAAUAAGUAAAGUUCCAAAAAAUUGAAUUUUACAAUAAAUUACCGAAACAAGUCAAAUCUAGUGUUGUCCUGAAAAGCUUAUAUAAAUCUAACAAUACAAUUCAUAGUUUCCAUUUAAUCGAGAUUGAGGAUGAUUUGCCAAGACAAAGAAGAAAAAGCGACAACGAAGGGUUGAUUUCAUAAAAGAUUUUGAAUAUCGACAUUAAAUACCCCAGAACUGUGAUAUAAUAGCAUCAAUUUUUAUAUAGAGUCAAAGACCUUAGGAGAAGAGCAAUAAGGGGUAGAAUGAAAACUAAAUUUGAGAAAUCGGUCAUGAAGAUAGAUACACCAUCUGCAAGCAAAUUUAAUCCCUUAAAUCACAAUAACUCGAAUAAGGAUUCUCAUUUUGCGAGCAUGUAGGAUAUCAAAGUACUCAGGACUUUUACCAAGGAUCGCACUUACUACUAACGACCAUUGGUAUUAAAAGAUUCGGAUUUGAUAUCGGAUUCUCCAAGUGAACCUAGUAUUUAAUUACAAUAAACCAGAAAACAUAUUAUAUUUACUCCAAAAUAAAAGCAGUAUGUUCUGCUCUAAUUAAACAAAUACAAACACAAACCUUUCGAACAAAUUAAGCGAGAUUCUAUUAUCAAAUUUCUUUCAGAAACGAAGGAAACUCAAAAUCAUACUGUUCCUUAAAUAACUCCUUUAAUUUAGCAUAGGCUGCAACCUUAUUUUUCUACUCAUAAGAAAGUCAAUCUAAAAAAAUCUAGUUACCUUUCUUCUUUUUAAAGAGUAAAAACAAUAAUAUGA